AUGAUUGCAGAAAACGUGAACGGUGUGAAGAAGGAAGAUGAACCAAGAGGUGAUCACUCUCAGAUCGGAUAUUGUCACCGAAUGCUACAGUUCAUUCAAGUGUACUGGAAAUCACUGUUGGUACUAAUUGUUCCAACGGUUGCAACUGUGUUGUUCACAGUGGACACCUCACCUGCCUUCCGAUGUCUCUACGUUGUGAUAGUAAUGUCCAUGCUUUGGGUAACGGAAGCCCUUCCCCUGCCCAUCACAUCCAUGUUGCCAAUUGUACUGUUUCCUCUAAUGGGAAUCCUCAGCACUAGCAAGACCUGCAUGGUCUACAUGAAGGAACCUGUUAUAAUGUUCAUUGGUGGAAUCGUUCUGGCUCUGGCAAUUGAGUACUGCAAUCUACAUAAACGUGUUGCCUUGAAAGUCAUUGAUCUGAUUGGAUGCAGCCAGCGGAGGUUGCAUUUCGGACUGAUAAUUGUCACCAUGUUUCUGUCGAUGUGGAUCUCUAACACGGCUGCCGUGGCCAUGAUGUGCCCGAUCGUACAAGCCGUACUGGAGGAGCUGGAAUGUCAAGGACUCUGUCACAUGUACGAAAGUCCUAGCUCACCUGAAGAUGCUGAUAGUGGCACUCAUAAAAAUACACCCAAGGACGAGCACAAAAAACCAUCCAAUACAACACUCUGCUAUUUCUUGGGGACUGCUUAUGCCUCAAGUAUAGGAGGAUGUGGCACACUCAUUGGAACUGGAACCAAUCUAACCUUUAAGGGCAUCUAUGAAAACCGUUUCCCCGAGGCAAAAGGAAUCGAUUUCCCAGAUUUUAUGUUCUUCAACGUACCACUGAUGCUGCUGAACGUGGUUCUUGUAUGGAUGUAUCUACAGUGGCACUUUAUGGGAUUGUUCAGACCGCACAGUGAGCAAGCCAAACAAUCAGAAAUCGGCAAGGAAGGGGAAGCUGUGGCCAAGCGGGUGAUCGAAACUCGCUACAAGGAGAUGGGACCAAUGAAGUCAAAUGAAAUCAGUGUUGCUAUACUUUUUAUUCUGUCGGUGGUGUUGUUCUUCUCCCGGAGUCCAGGAUUCGUUAGUGGCUGGUCGGACAUUUUCCCGGACGUGAAAAUCAAGGACGGAACACCUGCGAUACUGAUCGUCAUUGCACUAUUCAUAAUGCCAGCCGAUUGGCGUUGGUUGAACUACUUCAGAAGGAAUUCAGGCCCACUCCCUAAGGAACCAUCGCCAGCGCUCAUCACGUGGAAGUAUGUCAACCAAAACGUCCACUGGAGCCUCAUAUUCCUACUUGGAGGAGGCUUCGCCCUCGCCGAAGCCGGUCGAGCCACCGGCAUGUCAACUCUGCUGGGAGAGUCUCUGUCCGGUCUGCAGAGUCUACCGAAGCUGGCAACGCUGUUCGUCGUGUGCUUAGUAAGCACAGUGAUCACCGAAUUCACCUCAAACGUUGCUAUCUGUAAUAUCAUAAUCCCGGUCUUGGCUGAAUUGGCAAUCGUUAUCAAAAUUCACCCAUUGUACCUUAUGCUUCCGGCGACGAUGUGCUGCAGUUAUGCCUUCCACAUGCCAGUGGGAUCACCAGGGAAUGCUAUAGUAGCUGGUACUGCCCAUAUUGCCACCAAAGACAUGGCGGUGGCCGGCAUUGGUCCAGCGAUCAUCACUUUGAUGGUAAUGUGCAUCGGUUUCCCUACAUGGGGUGCCAUUGUGUAUCCGGGAAUCGACACCUUUCCAGAUUGGGCUAUACAGGAUGUUGAUAACUCUUCCGUGUAUUGA